CGGCAGGGUUCACCUCGCUUUAGUCACCCUUUUCGCUAGCGACUCUGGAGUCCGGAGCAGCACUGCAGCUCAGUUCUUUGAGCCCUUCUUUUCAAACCCUAAACCUUUCGCACUGACGCCGGUGCUGGAGGCUGGCGGAGUCGAGGUAGACCCUUAGGUUUUUCGGUCAGUACAUCCUAGUUCUACUAUGAGUGGGCUCGGUGCGAGCGCAGCGGCGGGGGCAGUCGGAGGAGCAGCCGCCGGUGCAGCCGCGGGGUUGGGGGUAGAUAUGGACGUCUCGCCGGCUCCAGCUACAGUCGCCGACAUCAGAGACGGUUUUCGGCGGCAGCGUAGACGGACCGACACGGACGAGGACAGGCAGGAGCAGUUUGCACUAGAGCAGGAGACGGAGUGGAGGCGGACCUUGCAGCGCGAGCUGCAGCUCUCGAGUCUGGAGGGGGGUGUCCUCGAGAGCAGGACCGUCAUCGAGGGUUGGGUUAGCAGGGUUAGGGCUACGGCUGAGGAGGCGCGUGUGGCUCACGAGCAGGCUGUUGCAGAGGCAGCGGCGCUACAGGCAGCACGUGAGCAGUUUAGACAGGAGACAGAGCAGCAGCAGCAGCAGCAGCAGCAGCAGCAGCAGCAGCAGCAGCAGCAGCAGCAGCAGCAGCAGCAGACGCAGCAGCAGCCACAGCAGCAGCCACAGCAGCAGUCGCAGCAGCCGUUUGGUGCCACUGCUACAGGGACAGGGGUCGGCGCUUGGCAGGACGAGCAGAGGGAGGCCUGGCGUCGGUUUUCUGAGCGUCUAGACCGUCUUGAGGGUCGUCGACAGGGGCAGCAGACGCAGCAGCAACGGGGUAGGACCCGUGCUAGGGAGCCGACGGGAGAUGGCCGCCUCGAGUCCAUCUCCCCUGUUCGCAGCCGUCCACAGCCAGCCACAGCGGCGGCACAGACUGCAGCGCAGCAGCAGUUCCUUCAGCAGCCGUUUUACGGGACUCCGGCGUGGCAGCAGCCACAGCACCGCCCGGGCCCAGUGUUUCCACAGGACCAUCUGCCGCAGCAGCCCCAGGGGCAGCAGCAGACGGGGCAGCAGCAGCAGCAGCAGACGGGCCAGUAGAGGCAGACACAGGGGACGGGGUUGGUAGCCGAGGGAGGCACAGACCACGUAGGAGGCUAGAGGAGUCGGACAGGGAGCGUCUGCUUCGACGGUUUGCCAGGCGCAGUGUGCAAGAGGUCGCGGACAAGCUAACUAACGUGGCUGUCCACAACCUCUCGCGCAGGCGUCUGACAGAGGAUGAGCUUACAGGCCUUGCUCUUGGCCUUAAGUUCAUCCCUACGCCCCCUCCUCUUGACCGAGGGCGGCUGAGUCAGGCUGUGGAGCAGUAUCAGCGGCGGGUUAGGCUAGCGUGGCAGUUUCGGGACAGCCGCAGACCGGUGCCUAGGUUUCGGGUCCCACGACCUAGUUGGCAGCCGGACCCGGGGCCACCAGAGGUCGAGGAGUAUCUUGCUGAGGUAGCUGACAGGGUGGAGGGGCUGGCGGGUCUUAUAGGAGGGCCCGCUCGGCCCAACAUCAGCAGCCGCGUUAGGGGUGCACUCCUGGGGUUGAGUCGUGACCGGUCUGUUGUCAUCAAACCGGCGGACAAAAACCUUGGGAUCGUGGUACUGGAUAGGGACUGGUACGAGGGGGAGGCGCUGAGGCAGUUGGGGGACAGGGCAGUCUACGAGCCGGUUGCUGCGGUGCCGCUACGUUCCCUUUGGCAGCAGCUGUGUAGGUGGGCAGAGCAGGCGCGUUACGCAGGGGUUCCGCCACAGGUGCUGGACUACAUCUUGCAGCCGCGUACUCCGCCGACGGGGGUGUCUGCCGGGGUCUGGGAGCAGUUUCGGGUGUGCAGAUUUUACCUACUACCGAAACUGCACAAGACCCCGGUGGCUGGCAGACCCAUCUGCUCGUCUACGCUUUGGGUCUUUGAGCACGCGUCGGCGGUUCUUGAUCACCACCUCCGCCCCCUCCUACAGUUCUCACCCGCACACCUUCCUGACUCGCUCGCACUUCUUCACCAGCUUCAGGACCUCUCUGUGCCUGCUGACGCUCUCUUCCUCACUUACGACGUAGAGAGCCUCUACCCGUCGAUUCCUAUCGACGCAGGUAUCAGCUGCAUAGAGAGGUGGCUGUUUCGGCUGGUAGGGUUGGGUAGGGUGGCGGUGCGGGUAGCAGACGCGUUGGUGCAGCUGUUGGGGUUAGUCAUGAGACAGAACCACCUCGAGUUUGGUGGUCGCUUCUGGCGACAGGUUCGGGGUACUGCCAUGGGCACGCCUGUGGCGGUGAUCUACGCGGUUCUGUUCAUGGCUUGGUUAGACGAGAGGCUGUUAGAGACCGAGCCAGAGUUGUCGCAGUUCGUCCUUCUCCACCGCAGGUUUAUAGACGACGGGGUGGUUAUUUGGACGGGUACACGUGAGCGGCUCCUGGACUGGGUGCGGGCUUUCGGUGGGUUGGAGCAGACUAUUCGAUUGACCCACGAGAUCUCGACCUCACACUUUACCUUGCUGGACAUUACGUUCAGCAAGGGGGAGCUUUGGCAGAGGACGGCUGUUCUGGACACUAGUACUUUCCAGAAGCCGCUUAACGUGUACCAGUACUUUCCUUUCUCCUCCGCGCACCCCUCUCACUGCAAGAGGGGCUUUAUUUUGGGAGAGUUGCAGCGGAGCGCCUUCCUCCUCUUGCAUAUCAUUGGGGGGGGUUUGCAUUUAGGGGCCUUGAUGCACAUGGCACUUGUACUCGACAUGCCCCCGACCUUUAUGAGUUCGAGGGGGCACUGCACAUAGUGGGCAGUCAGACC